CCUUUGUCCCUGCGUUCAGCACCAUCUUUGCCCGGGCAUAAAAAUACUCCUUUGCGCCCUCGCCUGGCAACCCCAGUCUUUUCCUGUUAUUGAUAAUUCAUACAGCGUCGAAUUCCCAUCACUAUAAUCUACAAAUUCUUCCGGAUACGCGCGUUAACUCUGCCUCGCGCCCAGCGCCGAGCUAGGCUACAGGCCGUAACCUGUUGUCGUCAGAACAUUCCCGGAAUUUCUUUCGCGCAAUCGCGAUCUCUUCAUCAACAUGAGCGCGCCGCCUCCCCCAGGCAAUCCGCCUGCCAACGCGCCUGGCCAUCCAAAUGGUGCCCCGAAGAAACAGAAGGCGAAUCCCCUUCGGCCGUUGCGUAGGAACCCAAAGGCAAACCCCCUUGUUUCUCGAAGACCACCACCCAGACCAACAGCGCCGUCUGCUCCGGGUAGGCAGAAUGGAACAAAGCCAAAUAUCGAAGAGAUUCGACGGCAAAAUGGUGGCUGGUCAGAGCCACCGCCACCUCACUUCAACGACAUCCCCAUUAUGACAACGAAGAAGGCUCUUCUCGACGGCAUUCGAUACCACAUGAUGAAGUUCACUCAAUCUAAAGCAGGAGGAAAAUCCAUCGAUCCAACUGACCAGGACGACUUCGCACGACCCGUAACAUUACACCGACGAGAUGCUCGCCAACCCCCUCCAGGAAGGGCCGUCAAGACCGAAGCACUUGAAGCGCCCCAGGCUGAUGAGGAAGAAGUGGAAAGACAGGCACAGAGGAAAGCAGAACGGGAGGCUCAGCGCGCCAUUGACCAGGCCAAGAUUGCACCUGUGGCCAAGGAUCCUAAUCCCAAGCGACCGAAGAAGCAAAAAGAGGAGAAGACAACAUUCAACCGAGCGCCCAAGACUGAAACUGCUAAGAAGGCGUCUGACCUACGAUACGAGGAAGCUCUUCCAUGGCAUCUUGAAGAUGCAGAGGGUAAAAAUGUCUGGGUUGGCAACUUCGUGGACACACUCUCUGGAUCUAAUGUAGCCUUCAUGAUUGACCAGUCUGUUUUCCGCAUGAUUCCCCUGGAGAAGUGGUACAAGUUUACGUCUAAGCCUCCUUUCCAAACUUACGACAUUGAUGAGGUGGAAGCCUUCAUGAGUAAGAAGGUGGAUGUGGGCCGUUGGGUCAUGAGAGACGAAGAGAAGAAAGCUGGGCGAAAAGACCUGGAAGCGACAAGAAAAAUGUUCUACGGGAGCGGCCCGAUGGUCAAGACUGAAAGUGCCACAUUCAAGGCGGCUUCGAGGUCGGAGAAACUGGAACAUGAUGAGAUUGAUAUGUCGGGUGAUGAAUUUCAAGACGAUGAUGAGGCUCCUAUGUUCGAAAGGAAUGACGAUGAAGACACAAAGGACUCCAAGGACCGUAUUCGUCGGGAACAGCUCGGUGCCAACUUAUUCGGAGAAGGUGACGAGCAAGAAGUAGACAAAGAGCUGGAUGAACAGCUCCGAGAAGAGAUUUUACGACAGAAGCUCGGCAAAGCUACCAAGAAGGCAUUGAUCAAGAGAGAUCGAGAGGAUAUCUACGAAAGCGAUGAUUCCGAGGAGAAUCCAUGGAGCAGUUCGUCUGAUGACAACUCAUCCGACGAAGAAGAAGAGGAAGACAAGAAAGAUGAAGAGAAGAAGGACGCCAAUAAGGACGAGAAGAACCAGAGCGGUUCCGGAUCCAAGGGCACCAAUACUCCCUCCGGGAAGAAGCCUGAAGGCUCUAAGAAGAGCAAGUCGCUCAAGCGAGCCGGCUCCCCAGCACUAUCCGAGUCGAGUGGAAACGAAUCUUCCCGCAAAAAGCUCAAGAAAAAUGUCACAUCUGCCACAGGUAGCAGGUCUGGCACUCCGCUUUUACAGGGCGGAGCCCGUCGACCUACGGCUGCUGGAUCUGGUAGUGACGGAGAGGCAACUGCUGGCGAGAUGUCAGAUGGAGCAGCACCGAAGAGGAAGAAGCUGAAGUUGGUUAGUAACAGUGCUCGGGGCACUCCUUCGGCAUCCAGAGCUGGCAGUCCCAACCCAACCCAGGGUGGUAAGUUUUCCUUCGGACUGAUUUCAGGCCGAGUUAUAACUAACAUUGUCUUGCAGCUGCUUCCCCUGGCUCACCCGGAAAUUCAGCUGUCGAACCAUCCGAAAUUCUCGACAAGAUUCCCGCUGAAGGUAUCACCGUUAACGAGUUGAUCAAGCUCUUCAACCACCGUUUGGGUGAUAGGCCAGGCCAGAUGUCUAAGACUGAGUGGAUUCAGCUUGUCAAGAAGCUUUGUGAUUAUGGACCUGACAAACGACUUCGCCGAAGAUCGUAAAAGCAUAGAUACCCGAUCAGGGCGGUAAUCUCGUGUCUUUCUUCUCUUCUGGAGUUUUAUUGCCUUGCGACCUCUUUGUUAGCGCACCCCGAACCCGACGUAAUAUCGGAAUCCGACAACAGUAUACAUCUUGAUAUUCAGAUUACUAGUUAUGGAGGAUAAGGUCAAUUAGUUGAGCGCUUAAAAUGGGU